AUGGCUUCGUCGAGCUCGACAAGCGGCCCAUCGGGCGAAAUGUAUUCGGGCGGCGGCAGUGGCUUCAUCACGGGGCUGACGGAGAAGAAGGUGACCCGAGACGGACAGCCGGCAAAACGUCGUGGGCCCAAGCCGGAUAGCCGGCCGGCACUGACGCGGCGCCAGGAACUAAAUCGACAGGCGCAGCGGACGCAUCGCGAGCGCAAGGAGCUGUACAUCAAGGCGCUCGAGGACGAGGUGCUGCGGCUCAAGGAGAUUUACACAAACGUGGCGCAGGACAAGGAGCGGCUGGCGGAGGAGAACCGGCAGCUCCGGCAGAUGCUCUCGCAAGGCGGCAGCACAACGGCUGACGAUGCGACCAGCAACCCUACGAGCGGUGGCCUCUCGGUCAGCGCGUCGGGGAGCUACGUGCAGGCGCCCAGCUCCAACACCAGCGCCUUCACGCCGCCGCCGGUCUCGGUCUCGCCUCACCUCGGCGGAAGCUUCCAGCAGCAGCAGCAGGGCCGCAAUCCCGGCAUUGACUACGAGCAGGCUGGCAUUGACUUUGUCUUAACAGACGUUGCGCUGGUGCUAACGGGCGACCCCCUGCCCCUUUUUGGCCUCUCGCCCAAGGAGAAUAGUCUUGAGAAGCCGUGCAUGGCCCACAUACCAUUUCUGCUUGAGCGGAGCGUCGAGAUGGACGGGACGCCGUGCGGACACGCACUGAUGGCAUCGUGCCCGCCCGAGACGCCGGCAAACAUGACGCCGGACAUACCGUUUGGGUCCAGCAACGUGCCGGUCGACGUUGGCGACGCCGCGUCGGGGCAGCGCACGUGGGAUCUCAGCAAGGGCGACCUGGCAACGCUGCUGCACCUCAGCAGCAAGCUGAACCUGGACGGCGAGAUCACGCCGGUGAUGGCGUGGGGCAUGAUCCUGGCCCACCCGCGGCUGGGCGAGCUGACGCCGGCCGACUUUCAAAAGGUCACCGAGGAGAUGAGUGACAGGGUCCGCUGCUAUGGAUUCGGCGCCGUCAUGGAGGACUUUGAGGCCCGGGAUGCGAUUGAGAACCUCUUCUCGACCAAGCCGGAUCUCUACUCGCCCGUGUCGAACCCGGGAUUCGCCAUGGCUUUCACGAUGACGGACUCGCUCGCCAACAUCAUUUCGGCGCUGCCGGACGGCGACGGCUGGGGCCCGCCGGUGACGACGGAGACGACGCUGAACGGCGUGCCCUACGCGCCUUUCUCCAAGGGCGACAAGCUGGGCCGGAUGGCCGACUGGACGGUCGACAGCAAGGACGGACGCGACGGGCGGGGCGGACGGUCGCAGUACAACCGCUACGGACGAGAGCAGCAAGUGUAUGGCGCAGGCUCGGUGGCGCUGUUUGCGGCGCCGCUGGCAGAAGACGAGGCGAGCUUCUCGGUGGUCAGCAACGCACGCGACACGGUCAAGACGCGGUACGGACGGGGGGCGGUGUUCACGCGGGGUGGCCGGGGACAGCAGAGAGGCGGCCGGGGCGACAGCCGGGGAGGCAGCGGGCCUCGAGGCGGGAUGCAGCAGCGGGGCGGCGCCGGAGGACGGCAAGGCGGACAGUACGGUGGCGGACAAGGCGGCGGGUACAACGACCGGGGCGGACAGCGCGGUGGCGGUGGCGGUGCGCGUGGACGGCGGUUUGGGUGGAAGGACUACGACAAGCCAGCACGAAUUCGCGAUGCCUCGAUCAACAUUCGGGCCGACUGGAAGCUGCUGGAGGAGAUCGACUUCAACCGGCUCGGCAAGCUCAACCUGGACGCGGAUGCGGGCGAAGACCUGGACUCGUGCGGCUUCUUGUACUACUACGACCGCGCAUACGACAAGCCGGCUGUGGCGGCUGUGGGCGCUGGCAAGGCUGGCGAGCGGCGGCUGACAGCACUCGAUCGCGCAGCCUACAACGUCACGACGUCGUCGGACCCCGUCAUCCAGGAGCUGGCCGAGCGCGGCGAGGCCACCAUCUACGCCACCGACAGCGUGCUGUCAAUGCUGAUGUGCGCUCCUCGGUCCGUCUACUCGUGGGACAUUGUGAUUGUGCGCCAGGGCAACAAGAUCUUCCUCGACAAGCGCGACAGCGCAGCCCUCGACAUGGUCACGGUCAAUGAGAACGCGGUCGACUCGCCCAUGGACGCGGCCGAUGGCAGCAAGGACACCGUCAACCAGCCGGGCGCCCUCGCUGAAGAGGCCACCUACAUCAACCACAACUUUGCCACCCAGGUCGUGCUCGAGGGCGGCGCCAAGGUCCGCAUGGCCCACGCGAAUCCCUUUUAUAACGCGGCCGAAGAGACGGAGCCGCCGGCCAGCAAGGCGUACAAGUACCGCCGCUUCGAUCUGUCCACCAACGACGAGGACCCCGUCUACCUGGUCGUCCGCACCGAGCUCGACGCUGUCCAGAAGAACGCCACCACCGGUGAGGACCAGUUCCUGUCCAUCAAGGCCCUCAACGAGUUCGACAGCAAGGCUCAGGGCUCUGGCGGCGCUCUCGACUGGCGCACCAAGCUUGUCAGUCAGCGCGGUGCUGUCGUCGCUACCGAAAUGAAGAACAACUCCUGCAAGCUGGCCCGUUGGACCGUCCAGAGCAUUUUGGCCCAGGCCGACAUUAUGAAGAUUGGCUUCGUCUCUCGUGCAAACCCAAAGGUCAACGACAAGCACGUCAUUCUUGGUGUCGUCGGCUGGAAGCCCCGCGACUUCGCCUCCCAGAUGAACCUCUCGCUGUCCAACGGCUGGGGCAUCGUCCGCACCAUCGCCGACAUGUGCCUCAAGAAGGAAGACGGUCGCUACGUCCUGGUCAAGGACCCCAACAAGCCCAUCCUGCGUUUGUACCAGGUGCCGGCCGGCAGCUUCGAGGACGACGCCGAGGAGGAUGUGGUCGAGCCUCCGGUCGAGGAGGAGUAG